AAUAGAUUGGCUGUAUUCCUACAUUUCUGUAAAGCCCGCGAUACAAGAGAAAUAAACUACCUUGUAGGAGCAUAUGUGCGCUCAAAAGAGCGAUCGACGUCGAAGACAAAAGACCAUAUUCCCUCAGAGUUGAGUAUACAUUACGAGUAGGAAAAAAGAUGUCGGGCCCGGCAAAUGUUGGUUUUAUAAGAGUGAAAUUGGUGGCUUAUAAGACUGAUUUUAACACCAAAGGCAGUUACCAGCCAGAUAAUUCGUGUGUUGCAAUCAACGUAAAGGAAAAAGUCACUUCGAACAAUGGAGAAUUUAAAUAUAUACAGAGGAAGAAAACUAUUCGGCAGGAUUGGGAUUCAACGUUUGAUGCUCAUUUGUACGAUGGACGACUGAUUGAGUUUAUCGUUCAAAAGGGGAAAGCCGAUAAUGACGCUGGCGUGGAUUACGCCGAUAUAUCUGUACCAGCUGCUAGAUUAGCGAGCCAGUGUAAUGGAACAAGCGUGGCCCGUCUUGAUUUACCAACAACUCCAGGAGGGAAAUUGGUUAUUCAAAUUAGAUAUUUUACUCCGGACGAAGCCUCGAAUGCUUCCUCAACACGUUAUGAAAUAAUACCCCAAAGGCCUGGCUUUGAAAAACGUCGUAAUGCUGUCAAAAAAGCAAAAGUGCACGAAGUUCAAGGACAUCGUUUUAUUGCUGUAUUUUUCCGACAGCCAACUUUUUGCAGUUUCUGCUCUGAAUUUAUUUGGGGUUUAAAUCGUCAGGGGUAUAGAUGUCAGGGAUGCGGAUGCUCCGUGCAUAAAAAAUGUCACAAGAAUAUAUUAGGAACCUGCCCAGGCAACGCUAGAGAUACCCAAGAAACGAAAAAGAUAUUGCAAAGAUUUCGGAUUGAUGUCCCUCACCAAUUUCAGACCCACAACUAUAUGUCACCGACGUUCUGCGAUCAUUGUGGAUCUUUGCUCUACGGUUUAUUUAAGCAAGGUGUUAAGUGUCAAAGCCCCGCUUGCAAUGUAAAUGUGCAUCAUAAGUGUCAGAAUAAAGUGGCAAACUUAUGUGGAGUCAAUCAAAAACUUCUAAAUGAAGAACUUAAUAACAUCAAAAAAAAUAAACCAGUCAAGUCACCUGUUAGUGACUUAUCUUCAAGAUCCACAGAAUCAGAGGAAUCACUAGAUUAUGUCCGUAUGUGGACUGUACAAACGGAUAAAUUAAAAAAUGAGAUGGGAAACGGAGAAAGGAAAUUCCAACUUUCUGAUUUUAACUUAAUAGCAGUUUUGGGAAAGGGAAGUUUUGGUAAAGUAUUUUUAGCCGAAAGAAAAAGCUCAUCAAUUGCUGAAUUCUACGCUAUAAAGGCACUAAGAAAGGAUAUCGUCUUGGAAGAUAACGACGUGGAAUGUACUAUGAUAGAGAGAAGAGUUUUGGCUUUGGCUUGUAAAAAUCCUUUUCUCACUCAUCUUUAUUGUACCUUUCAAUCCGAUAGUCAUCUAUUUUUCGUAAUGGAAUACGUAUAUGGGGGCGAUUUGAUGUUCCAUAUUCAAAAAAACCAAAAGUUCGAUAUUGAACGUUCCCGUUUCUAUUCAGCUGAAAUUCUUUGCGGUCUCCAGUUUUUGCAUUCCAAGUGCAUCAUUUAUAGAGAUUUAAAGUUGGAUAAUGUUUUAAUCGAUAAGAAUGGUCACAUAAAAAUAGCAGAUUUUGGUAUGUGUAAAGAAGAAGUUAGGGGAGAUUCCAAGGCUACUACCUUUUGCGGUACUCCCGAUUACAUUGCUCCUGAAAUAUUAAAAGGCUACCAAUAUAAUGAGUCCGUGGAUUGGUGGAGUUUUGGUGUACUUUUAUAUGAGAUGUUAUUAGGACAAUCACCAUUCCACGGUGAGGACGAGGACGCUUUAUUCUCUAGUAUUUGUCACGACGAACCUAUUAUUCCAAGAUAUAUUCAAGCUGAUGCUGCAAGUUGUAUUAAAGGGCUACUUUGCAAGAACCCGCAAAAUCGUUUGGGAAUGCGUGGCCUUGAAUCACCGAUCCGAGGACAUCGUUUCUACGCUGGCAUUGAUUGGGAAAAACUUCAAAGAUUAGAACUUAAGCCACCUUUUGUACCAAAAUUUAAGAAUCCACAAGAUACUAGCAAUUUCGAUCAAGAAUUUACCAGAGAGCGUGUAUUCUUAACACCUCCUGACAAAACACUUUUAGGAACAAUGAAAAAAGAUGCUUUCGAAGGAUUUUCUUUUACAAAUCCAGGAUAUUAAAAAAGAAAAGAUCAGGAAUUUUAACAAAACAGUAUUUAAUUACUGAAAAAAAGAAAAUAUUUUUUAAAUUAGAUAUAUUUUAAACAUUUAUGUCAGAGGAAGACAACCAACCAACUAAACAAAAAAAAAAACAAAAGGCAAGAAACGGAAAGAAACAAACAACUAGCAAAAAAAAAGUAUAUUUUAAUAACAAAGAAAGUGAAAAUUAUAUUUAGUUUUCUUUUUUUUUCCAUUCUAUUCAAAAAACAUAUAAACUAAACAAAAUCCGGAUGAAAAAUAUAUAUAUAUGUAUAUGUAUAUAUAUAUACUGAUUGGGAAAAACCAUAUAUAUUAUAUGGUUAUAUAUAUUAUAUAUAUA